AUGUUUUUUUUCUCCUUCCUCCUCUUGUUAAUUCCUCUCGUCUCCAGCACGUCUCGCCACAGUAUGCACCGCAUGCGCAAGGUGCAUACUAGAGCUGUCGACACCACAUUGCUCACCGGCCAAUGGGACUCUGUUCAUGCGGGACAGUACUCGCUGUUCAAUGAUCUAUGGGACGAGAAAAAUGCUACCUGGGGCUCCCAAGAAUCUCAGAUCACGUCAUUCGACGGUAGUAAUAUUGGCUGGACAACCACGUACACCUGGACUGGUGGAAGCCAAGUCAAGACCUUCGCCAAUGUUCAGCUUAAUAACGGCAUCAAUCAACAGCUGAGUGCUAUUUCCAGCAUGCCUACUAACUGGCAGUGGACUCAGUCGACCAACGAAGUCGUAGCUGAUGUGGCCUACGACCUAUUCACAUCUGGGAGCCCUGGCGGCUCGAACGUAAACGAAAUCAUGGUCUGGCUUGCAAGCAUCAACUCUGGACCAAUCUCCGCCGAAUACAACGCCGAGGGCCAAGCUGUUCCUAUCGUGACCAACAUCUCGUUGGAAGGUUACACCUGGGACUUGUACUCUGGAUUCAACGGAGUCAACCAAGUUUACUCGUUUCUCCUGACUAGUGGUGUCAUCAACUCGUUCAGUGGUGACAUUUACCCAUUCCUUUCGUACCUGAUUGACAAUAAGGACAUCAGCUCAACCCAGUAUCUUACUUGUGCUCAGGGAGGGACAGAGGUCAUAUCUGGAACAGCACAAUUCACUACGUCCAGCUACAGCUUGGCUGUCAACUAAAAUUAGUUGAUGUGCCCAUUGUAGGGAUCUCGACGUACAUGGUGAAGGUAUUUGUAUCGCUAGUGUAAGAGCUUUGGCCUCUUACACUCAGUGCGUCAUCAGAGAUACAUUUUUAUUCUUUCGACUUUAUCACUCACAUCGUGCUGUGCACGAGUACUGCCACAGUACGUGGUCUUGCUGAUAUACCCACUCUUUCGACUUGCCGUUUACUUAAGUAAACACCCCACUCGUUUCCUGCUCGCUCGCUUUGAAAGCCGGUUUCGGUAUACAAGAAACACGGCGUCUACAUAUAUCCAUUGAAGUGUCGUACAGCGCCAAUUCCUUUUUGAAGCCAUAUUGAAUCCCUUCGUUCGCUUUGAUAGCCGUUUUCCGUGUACAUUCAUUACCGAUGUCAUGUAUAGCAACGGAAUUUACCCCGUGUUUCAAAAAUCAGGCCCAGAUUUGCA